ACGCCUAUCGUCUCAUCAGCAGCAGGUGUACGAUCUCCCAGGACCCGGUUCAGUAUGGGGGACUCCGACGAUCGAGCACGAAGGGAGGGGCACGGUUUCCGCUACGAAGAGCUGGUGAUUGUCCUGGUCUUCCUCCGCUGUGUCAGGAAGCAGCUCUCCGACUUUGCAAUUCAUUCCGACAGCUUGGAGGCAGGUAAAUUUGACGACGUCGUAGUCACCUGGAACGAAAGUCAAGAUAAAUACUCCUUGCUCGUCCAAGUGAAGCAUAAGACGUCUGAUUGGAUCAGAAGAGGAGACCUAUUUUCAGAAGGUGACAACAAACCCGAUUUCAACAUAAGGAGGUACGAGGCUUCUUACAGGACCAUUAAACGGGGUCUGGGAGGCCGGCAGUACGCGCUGGUGAUCUCAACGAACCUCGCCCUGCACGAAAAUGCCUUGGAUUGUUUCUGCGUGCGACAGGCAGAGUCUGUCGUAGGCGCAGACCUACUGCACACCGGCGGAUCAAUUUAUCAGCUCAACCCAAAGAAGUUUCCUUUUGACUCCGAUUUUAUGGCUCAUUUCUUCAUGUUUUGCAGUCAGAAGGGCGUCAACGAAAUAGGAGACGCCAUCUGCGAGGAACUCAAACAACUAUUAGGGUCUCCUGGAGAUGAUAAAAUCAACAGUGCAUUCAAGGAAUUGUGCAAGUGUGUGGAGAAAUGGAAAGAUAGGCAAUGUAAAAACCCUGAGCGCCUAACCAGCAGCUGGCCUGAGUGGAAAGACAUUGAAAGGUUACCAAAUUAA